GAGAAAACAGAAAAAGAAUUGCACACCACUAUGUCUGAAUAUAGCCUCUACUUGUAGAUAAUUCCAUCUGAUUUGCACUUUUGCCUUUUUAUUUCCGUUUUUGGACACCUCCUUUAUCAUCCAGCUAACUGGGAUAGACAAAGCACUGUUGGUGCCCUGAGCGACAGAACUCUGGUAGGGGGCUGGCUGUAAAUUGACGUGGCAUGGAAAUUCUCUGCUAAGUUGUAGCAGCUUGCAUGUUUCUCCUAAGAUCAAGCCCAGCCUCCCGGAGCUGUAGCUUAAUCAUCAUGGGUUCAACGACUUUACAGAAAAAUGGAUAGAAAAAUUCUUCAGCUCCUUUCUUUGGACUCAAAUGUUUUCUUUUUGAGUAUCUAUGGUUUAGCUGAAAAAACCAAAGCAGUUAAGUCUGUAACUUUCUUUUUGCAGCUUAAACAACAGAAUUUGCUGGUCUCCCUCCCCUAUCCUGCAAUUUAAUUCCUUACAGAUUUUGCCAUGGGGUGCGGACUUAGAAAGCUAGAAGACCCUGAUGAUAGCAGCCCUGGAAAAAUAUUUUCUACCCUGAAGAGACCGCAAGUGGAAACAAAGACAGAAUUUGCUUACGAAUAUGUAUUGCUGGAUUUUACUUUACAAGCUUCGCCUAACCCAGAAGUAAUCAAGAUAAAUUCAAUUCUGGAUAUAGUAACAAAAGUGGAAGACUACUAUCUUAAAGGAUAUAUUGUUGGGGCUAUUCAUCCUGUUAUACAACCUGUUGGGCAGCAAAAACACCUGCCUGCAAGUUACCUAUACAGGGUGGUGCUAUCGCGCUUGAAAUUAAGCACGAAGCAUUCGACAGCACCCAGUGGACAAAGACGCCCAAGGCUUGUGAUUGAGGAAUGUCCUCUAACUUUUGAGACACAAACAAAUGACGUAGCAAAAGAACUGAUAGAAAAGAUUAAUGGAGGUGCUAAAAGAGGAAUGAAAUUUGUUGGAUUCAUAUCACAGCACUGUCCACCACUUAAAUUCUGCAAUGGAACCAACCAGGAUGGAGAUACAGAAUCAGCACUACAUGUGAGACACAGUUCAGAGGAAAACUGUAAAAUUUGGAAUGAAGGAACAUUAAGUGGGCAAUCAUCUGAAAGUGGAAUUGAGGAAGAACUACAUCAUGAAAGUGGACAGUGUCAAAUGGAACGAGAUGGCAGCCCCAGUUUCUCUAAAUCGAGAAAGGGAGAAGAUAACAAGUUGUAUACAGUCUUCAAUGAUUUUGAGGAUGAAUCAACCUGCUGGACCUAUCAGGAAGGCAUCUUGUCAAUGAAAGUAACGAGAAAAGGCUCUGUCGUUAGUACACUUGAUGCCGAUUGGCUGGAGUUAACUACAUUUUAUUAUAAACAAGGCUUGUCUUUAAUCGAUUCUUUUGUAUGCUGGGAAACAUCUAAAGGGGACCAUUUGCCGAAAUCUUUGGAAGGAUUCUUUAUCUAUGAAGAAGAAGGCUCUGGAGUUCCAGGAUUCAGCAGGAAAGGAAAUGAUGCCAUCGUAGUAGAACAAUGGACAGUUAUUGAGGGCUGUGAAAUCAAAACGGAUUACGGCCCUCUCCUGCACACUCUGGCUGAGUUUGGAUGGCUCCUGACAAGCGUGUUGCCUACACCUAUACUGAGACAUGACAGUGAAGGGAAUUUGGCUACAAAGCAGGUUGUGUUCCUUCAGAGACCAGUUAUGUGGAAUUCAGCCACUCAAACACCGGAAAGGAAAGGCGGCCGACACGUGAAAGGUGAAGACAGGAGCAAAGUCACUAGUAGGAGCGUCGGAUUGGACACGGCCCUGUCACACCCUGCAGAGGGCUGGAGCCCGCCCGAGGCGCGCCUCCUCGCUCCUUCUCGAGAAUGCUGGAUGAAGGAGAAGAGGCCGGCCCAGCACAGCAGCUUCUCCGGGUUCAGCAACAGUGACAGUGUCCUGCGGGAAAUAGAUGAUGGACAGUUUGACCAGGAAGAUGGAGUAACUCAGGUCACUUGUAUGUGAGCAAAGAAGGAACAGAGGCCUUGUAAAUAAUUAUUAAAAUAAUUGCCAAGUUA